GGAAAUAGCGAGUGCGCACGCGUAGAAACACUGGCCCCGUGAGCGGCUCCGAUGAGCAGACAAACCGUGCAAAAUCGAUUAUGUGCCCUGCGUCCUUCUGAGAGAAAGAGAAAGGGGUAGGGGGGAGGGAAAGGGUGAAGUGCGCCGAAGUUUUGAGACGGUGCUUGCAAGUCGCCCCGUCCUGUCCAUCUUCUCACUGUGGCAUUGGGGCAAGGAUGCCAGGCAGGCGGUCGCGCCGGGAGGAUGGAACCGAGCCCGCCACUUCCGCUAAACUUCCCCUAAACAAGGAGGAACUCAACUCGAAGGUUCCCCUGCGCCUCCCACUCGGCCGGAAGCUGCCUCCUGGGAGCCGGAAGGUCUUCGUGCGCCUGCGAUGGUGCCGGGAGGAAGCGUGGUUAGUGUGGGCGACACACGUACACCUGGGGCUCCUUCCCCACCCCUCCGUCCCCGAACUUGACCGUGUGUGGAGAGGCAGCAGCAAUCCGCGGGAAGGCUUCUCUGCUGCCCGGUCCUUUUUAAAGGGCUAGUAAGCCCUCUGGGUCCAGCGGCCUGGGGCGUUGUGUGGGCAAGAGCCGGGGUGACUGGAAGGGUCCGUGAGAUUAAAGAACAAAAAGUUGUCGUGGAUGAACUUUCCAACUUGAAGAAAAACAGAAAAGUUUAUAAGCAGCAGCCAAACAGCAACAUAUUCUUUCUUGCAGACAGAACAGAAAUGCUCUCUGAAAGUAAAAACACAUUAGAUGAGUUGAAAAAAAUCCACCAGGAAAUAGAAAAUACAGAAAAAAGCAAAAUCAAGAAAUAAGUUUGCUAAAUUGCACAUAAUGUGUGGCAUUUGUUGUUCAGUCACUUUAUCUAUUGAACAUGGUGGGUAUGAUUUUUUGCAUAAGAAUCUGCUCCAUAAUCUUCAACGACGAGGACCCAACAGUAGUCAACAGGUGUUAAAGACUGAUACUGAUUAUCAUUGUUUGUUUUCUGGUCAUGUCCUUCACUUAAGAGGCCUUUUGACUCCCCAGCCUAUUGAAGAUGAAAGAGGCAAUGUAUUCCUUUGGAACGGAGAAAUCUUUGGUGGAGUAUAUGUAGGAGCUAAAGAGAAUGAUACUCAAAUUAUGUUUAAUCAUCUUUCCUCAUUUAAUAAUGAAUCUGAAAUUAUGUCACUUUUUUCAAGCAUCCAUGGUCCAUGGGCUUUUAUUUAUUACCAGGCCUCUAGUCAUUGUGUGUGGUUUGGUAGGGAUUAUUUUGGUCGUCGUAGCUUACUUUGGCAUUUUAGUAACACAGGGAAGAGUUUCUGCCUUGCUUCAGUGGGUACUGAAGCUGCUGGAAUAGUAAACCAGUGGCAAGAAGUUCCAGUGUGUGGAAUUUUCAGAAUUGAUCUCAAAUCCUCUGCCAUUUCCAAACACAUAGUUUUAAAAUUGUAUCCUUGGAAAUACAUUUCUAAAGAGAAUACAGCAGAGGAAGUUGACAAGAAUCUUAAUCAGAUUUUAGAUGAUUUGCCAAAAUUUGUAUCUAUUGAGAUAAAUGAAGCCAGACUUUGUCUUAAGACACCUGUUGUUCCAUUAAAUACAAAGUUGCCACAAGGUUCAUUUGAAUCUGAUCAUAGUUCCCAUAUCCCAGCUACUAUAGAAAAUCUUCAGGUUUUUCUCAAAGAUAAGCACAUGAAGAAAGCAGUUCAUCAGUUAAUUCAUGUCUUAAGUGAAGCAGUAAAGACACGGGUUUUAUGUUUAUCUAGAAGUGAAAUUCUGUUCCUAAAUGAUGACCUUUCUAAAGCCUCUACUAGGAAGGCAAAUAUUGCAAUACUUUUUUCUGGUGGCAUUGAUUCCAUGGUUAUUGCAAACCUUGCUGAUCGACAUGUUCCUUUUGAUGAACCAAUUGAUCUUCUUAAUGUAGCUUUUAUGACUAAAGUACGGACUGGGCAUGCUACUUUCACAAAAAAAAGUGGUCAACCUAAAAAACAUCUUGAAACAUCUUCUGAGGAAAACACUAAAGGACUUGCUGCCACAACUGAUAAUAUUAAGGACCAGAAUUUUAAUGUGCCAGACCGACUCACUGGCAGAGCAGGACUAAAAGAAUUAAAAGCUAUAAACCCUUUAAGAAUCUGGAAUUUUGUUGAAAUUAAUGUUUCCCUGGAAGAAUUGCAGAGAAUGAGAAACCACCAGAUAAGCCAGUUAGUUCAACCCUUGGAUACAGUUUUGGAUGACAGCAUUGGUUGUGCAGUCUGGUUUGCUUCUAGAGGAGUUGGCUAUGUUAUGAAGGAGGAUGAAAUGAAACCAUACCAAAGUGCUGCAAAGGUAGUUCUUACUGGGAUUGGUGCAGAUGAACAGCUUGCAGGAUAUUCUCGUCAUCGUGUUCGCUUCAAGACACACGGUCUAGAGGGAUUGAAUAAAGAACUAGAAAUGGAAUUGGGUCGAAUUUCUUCUAGAAAUCUUGGCCGUGAUGACAGGGUUAUUGGCGAUCAUGGAAAAGAAGCAAGGUUUCCUUUCCUUGAUGAAAAUGUCGUCUCCUUUCUAAAUUCUCUGUCGAUUUUGGAAAAAGCAGACUUGACUUUGCCCCGUGGAGUUGGUGAGAAAUUGAUUCUGCGCCUUGCAGCAUUAGAACUUGGUCUUACAGCUUCCAGUGUUCUGCCAAAAAGAGCCAUGCAGUUUGGAUCUAAAAUCGCAAAAAUGGAAAAUAGCCAUGAAAAGGCCUCUGAUAAAUGUAGUCGACUCCAAGUGUUAUCCUCAGAAUGACAUCUUGUUGAAUAGGCUCUUCAGUAUUAGUGUAUACAUUACAACAUUUAUUGAAUUAUUACAUAAAAUAAAAUAUUUUUCUAUUGUG